AUGGCAUUUGACAAAUUUUGGCAGAUUCUCUUCCAUGAGAAGAUUGUUAAUGGAAUUAUUUUUAAGGCUAUUAUAGCCAGGAAAAUUAUGCGGAAGGUUGUUCCGUCGAUGCCAAAGGUUAUUCCGUCUACCCCGAGAGUCGUUCCAUCUGCCAGGAGGGUUGUUCCACCUACCAAGAAGGUUGCUCCAUCUACGAAGAGGUUUGGUCAAUCUAACUUUAAGGGCGGUCCUUACAAGUGUACUGAAUGCCAAUACUCUACUAAAAUGAAGGUAAAUUUGAGGAUACAUAUGAGAAUCCAUACUGGAGAGCGGCCUUACUCUUGUAGUAUUUGUAAGAAAUGCUUCAGGCAAGCAAGUCAUCUUCGACAACACGUUUCCUCUCACGGUCCUGCUCGGCCAUUUAAAUGUCAGAAGUGUAGCCAGGCAUUUUCUCAUGAUCAUCAUUUGCAAGAACAUUGGAUGGAAACUACAUUUUCUAUUCCUCCCCCUGCUUCUAAUUUAUGCUACUGCUCAGAAACAGACAGAAAUGAUCAGACUCAACUGUGUCUUUAUUAUUGCUCUGAAUGCACUUAUUCCUCACCGCAUAAAGCAAAUUAUUUGGUUCACAGACGAACUCACACGGGUGAACGUCCUUAUUCUUGUAACAUAUGCCCAAAAAGCUUCAAGCAAUUGGGUCACCUCACACAGCACUUGGCUUCUCACAACAAUGACCGCCGCUUCAUAAUGUACCCCUAUUCUCAUUUUAGCAAAUCUAUUAUUAUUAUUACUGUCAAAACUAUAAUUUUGUCAUUUCUUUAUUUAUGUUCUGAGAUUUGUUCUCCAAUUUCAGAAAAAAAUCUCAAUAGUGAUGGUUUUAAAGCUCAUUUUUGUCCUGAAUGCUCCUACUCUACUACAUGGUUUCAAGAUUACUCUAUUCACUUGCAGUCCCAUUAUGAGGAUCGUCCUUUCAAAUGCUGGUAUUGUUUAAGAUGUUUCAAACGAAAAGAUCAUUUGAGACGCCAUUCGCUGAGCCAUAGUGGAGAGCGUCCAUUUUCCUGUAACCUGUGUGAUCGAAGCUUUAUUCGUAAAGAUUAUCUGCAGAGUCAUCUCAAUUCCCAUGGUCUUCACUGA